AUGGGUGUAGAGAAAAUGGAAAUGGAAGAUCCAGAUUCUACUCUGAUGGAGAAUGUUAAGAAGCCGAUCUCUAGGCCUCUGAGCAAAUAUGAGAGACUUUACCAGCCGUGCCUGGCGGAAAUAAUGGGAACCAUGUUCUUUGUUUUCAUUGGCUGUGUGUCAGUCAUUGAGAAUAUCCCGUCAACUGGACGGCUGCAGCCUGCUCUGGUGCAUGGGCUGGCUGUAGUAGUGCUGGUGGCCGUCAUGGAUAACAUCAGCGGCUCCCAUUUUAACCCUCCCUUCACCAUUGCCAUCUACCUGUGUGGGGGCAUGGAGCUGAUGAUGGUCGGGCCCUACAUCAUCAGCCAGCUGAUUGGAGGAGUCCUUGGAGCAGGAAUGGCUAAGCUGAUGACGAGCCCAGAGCGCUUCCUCAACGCCACAGGAGCUGCUUUUGACGUCCUGAAGUCAGAGAGCCAGCUGUAUAGGGCCCUCUUCGGAGAGGUGGCGAUGACUUGCUUGGUGACCAUGGUGUUGCUGAUGGCGGCAGUCAACAGCCGGACGAAAACGCCACUCGCCCCACUUCUGGUGGGCUGCACUGUCAUCCUCAACAUCUUGGCAGGAGCUGACAUAUCAGGAACCUGUUUAAAUCCUGCAAGAGCUUUCGGUCCAGCUGUGAUGACCAACUACUGGACCUACCACUGGGUCUACUGGGUCGGACCUAUUGGAGGGGGAAUGGCGGCCGCGGCUUUGGUCAGGCUCAUCCUGGGAGACAAUAAGUUACGAGUUGUUAUGAAAUCAUGAGGACUCUCUUUACUAUCAUGGAGGUGACAUUGAAGUCGUAAACAUUAUCAGUGCAUGCUUUUCCAGUCAUAUAAUGUUUCAUCGUUUUUUGCUAUAUAUUCUUAU